AUGGGUACACUCAAGAGUUCUCGCCUCCCACUCAUACUUCUAUCGAUACCCUGCCUAUCUGCUCUGGCUCUGAGCUCCGCCCACGGUCAAUCGGCAGGUCUCGCUAUGAACCUCAGCCCAAUCGUACAUCGCUCGCAAGCACCCGCACCCCUUCACGACCGCGGAACCGAAGCCUCCAGCAGCCAUCAGAGUCCCCUCAUCUGCCUCCGCCUCACCCGCCUCACGAAAAUCCUCCCCAUACAAGCAGGCGCCACAGCCCUCACAGCCUUGUACUCCCACCUGCACGCGAGUGCUUCAACUUCCUGGGUCAAUCAACCAUAUCGCCAAUCCAUAACCGUCAACUACGGCCGCCUGCAACUGUACAUGUACUCUCCACUCACAACCAUCCCCUGGUCCUUUGUCGCCAGUUUCGCUAUGGAAAUGCUGCAAGCGAUUCCGAUGGGAGGGAUGUAUGUGAGUCUGUAUGAGGGGUUCUAUAGUUCGCCGGCGAGUUGUGCAGGGUUGUGGGAGGCGGUUUAUGCGAGUGCUCAGGGAGCGAAUUUGGUGUGGGCGACUUUGCGGGUGGUGGACGAUCCGGGGCAUUUUGUAACGGACUAA